UUAGACUGAAGCGGUUGAGUGAGUAAUUUUGAAACGAAAACAAACCCCAGACGUUUUCUGUCCGCUUUAAUAACAGAACAAUGAAUAAAUACGUUCAAUUAAAUCAUGCCAAACAGAGUUACAAACGAUGAGGCGGAAAAGCUGAAGCUGGAGAGCAAUUCGUCAAUCCCGGGAUAACUGUCACAAGAGGGGACAUGGUGGCAUGGCCUUUUAAAGUGAGGAAAAGCUCAUUAUCAUGAACGACUCAGACCAAGAUUUUGUAGACCUCAGCUCAAAGCCGCUGAAACGAGUCUGCAAGCCCAGGAAGCCAAGGCAAGCAGCGCAUCCACCCUCCAGUCAGGCAGGCAAUGGUGACAAGAGGAGAAUAAAUAACAGAAGAGAUGGUGGCUCUGGGUCUAAGUGUGUUGCAGCUGUCGGUGGGACGCAGCCUGUUUGUAUUGAGGCAGAGCAGCUUGUUGUCAGUGGUGGGGUUGGGCUUGAUUCAGGAGACACUGGGUCAUCUGUUUCUGUCCAUUCAUUUGCUUCUGCAGCAGCAGAGCCAAGAGCAGAGAGAGAUUUGUGCACGAAAGACAAAGUGCUCAACAGAAUGCAACAGUUCAGGAGAGCCAGUCCUCAGAGGCUGCUGCACAACAAUCAGAGCUUGCCAACAGGGCAGGAGAACGACCGAAAUACUGCCCCUCCAUUGGCAGAAAGACGAGAUACUCCAGAAUCCACCAGCUCGGGUCUCCAUCUGAAUCCCCCGGACAGCGACGAGGCUCUGGCCCUGCGGCUGCAGCAGGAGCUGGACAGGGAGGCGGCGGAGGCCCAGUCGGUGGACCUCGAGGACGGAGGCCUCUUCUUCUGUCAGAUCUGUCAGAGAGACCUGACACACAUGACCCCUGAGGGGCGCGCGCAACACCUCAACAGGUGUUUGGAUGAGAGUGAAACCCCCAUCCCAGCUCCUCCUCCGCCUCCUGGUGUCCCUGACUGUCCCAUCUGUGGAAAGAAGUUCAAGUCCCAGAAGAGUCGCUCCUCCCACCUGAAGCGCUGCUCCUCAGACAUGGGCGUCUCCCCGGCUGUCCUGCUGCAGGCUGUGCAGAGACAGACUGAAGAAAGCCAGAGCACUGCCACUGCUAACACACUUGCACAGACUGGAGGCACCAAAAGGAAAGGUCCGCCCAAGCCGGGUCUCCCAGUGAGGAAGAAGCCCAGGAAGAAGACUCAACCCCUGGAUGAAGACACUAUGGUGGCCCUGGCUCUGUCGUCCUCCCUGCUGGAGCAGGAGAGAGAGUCACAAACAGAGACUGCUGCCUCUGAUGCCUCUGUGAUGCCUGUGUUGAAGUGGAGGCCAGACACAGCAGGUAAGGGUCAUGGGAAGAGAAAAAAGGGCGCAAUACCGCGUCCUCCUCCGCUCCUCCUCGUUCAGGAGGCUGAGGCGGCCCUGACGAGGCUGCAGGAACGCGUUUCUGCUCUCCUCCUACGCAGUCGGGCUCCAUCUCCCCCCACCCCGACCCGCUGCCCCAGCAGUCUGCCUGGAUGGAAUGGUGCUGUCCCCCUCUGGCAGAAGAGUGCACUGCUGGACCAAGGCUCCACCAGUUUGUCUGAUUUCUACGCCCCGGAGCUCAGGGAGUUCAUCACUCCAUGGGAAUCGGCAACGACUGAUGUAGCCUCCUUCAGCACCAACAAUAAGCCCGAUACGUCUCUCCGGCCUGUGGCUGAAGGAACCCCCGUCACAAAAACUCAGCCCUCCGUCACACCCUCCUCCUCCCAGACAGCUUCCUCCUCUCCAGCUCCCUCCACCCCGGGGACAGGGCAGCUCGCAGUGGGCAGCCAGGUCCUCCGAGAUCUGAUGGAGCUGGCUGAAGACGGCAUGACGCUCACCCAGUGUGGCUACACCGCUCCAGGCCCUGCCAAAGACCAGAGGCUGUCUGCAAACCUCCAUCUGAGCGGCUUCGUGCUGGAUGAGGCAGAAGAGCACGCUGACCUCUAUGUGAGCGGCUUCCUACCAGAAACUUCACACGCAAACGCACAAGACACCCACCGCCAAGCAAAAAGGACGACUGAUCAGCCAGCAGGAGAUAAAGAGCGCGGCAGCCACCAAUCAGUGGCGCUGUCCAGACUGGCAUCAGAGCUGAGCAGUAUGGUGAACAACCCACAGCUUAGUGAUGUGCAGCUCCAGGUGGACAGUGGAGAGGUCUACUUUGCCCAUUCCUUCAUGGUGUAUGCGCGCUGCCCCCUGCUGGCAGAAAUGGUGCAUGAAAGUGGUUUCGGGGUGCAGGAGGAAGGCAUGCCAGCAGCUCAGAGGGUGUUGAUGAGUGACGUUCCAGGAGAGGCGUUGUUGGCUUUGCUGCAGUACCUCUACACCGCCCAAUUCUCCAUCCCAGCAUCACUGCAGCCUCAUGUUCUGGAGCUGGCAUCCAGGUUUGAUUUGCUGGAGCUGCAGCAGCUUUGUGAGCUUCACCUAGCUGAGGCAGACUACACGAGCCAGGAGGACCAUCUCAAUGACCACACAGACCUGGCCUUCAUGGAGCUCCUUCGUUCCAUGUGGAAUGAAGAGGAUGAUGAUGAUAAUGGCGAACAGACAGAUGCGGAUGGAGGAAGAGAUGAAGAGAGAGGUCUAGAACAAUGUCAAGAUGCUGACGUCGCAUCAGGCGACAGAGAGCUGCAAGAAGAACAGGUGAAUGAGGAGGAGAUGGAGGAGAUUUAUGAGUUUGCUGCCACACAGAGAAAGAGGGUGGAGGAGGAUGACAGCGUGGAGGAAAAGGUUGACGAAGAAGAAGAUGGAGAAGUGUUCACAAAACUGCCAGAACCCAAAAGAUGCUCAAGAGGAUUCAGUGAAAAAAGCCUGCAGCCAAAUUCAAGCCUAGACCGCAGCUACAAUCGCCUCUUCUCAGACUCUUGGGGCGUCUACAGAGAAGAAGAAGAAGAACCCUCCACCUUACAUUCUAUC